ACAGAAUUGACUAAAUAAAAAGAAAAAGAAUCUCAUUCUCAUUAUAACUUGAUAAAUCCUAUUUGAUUGAUUUGUUAUUAAUUAAAAAAUCCUUAGCAAUCAAUUAGCAAAUUAAAAAAAAAUAAAGAAGAAUGAAUGAUGGAGAUGUGUCAAGGCAAAUUCAGCAGAUGGUGAGAUUCAUCCGCCAAGAGGCUGAGGAGAAAGCCAAUGAGAUUUCUGUCUCUGCUGAAGAGGAAUUUAACAUUGAAAAGCUGCAAAUAGUUGAAGCUGAUAGGAGAAAGAUCAGACAAGAGUAUGAGCGGAAGGGAAAGCAGGUGGAAAUUCGCAAGAAAAUUGAGUACUCAAUGCAACUGAACGCGUCGAGAAUAAAAGUGCUUCAAGCACAGGAUGAUUUGGUGAACUCCAUAAAAGAAAGUGCGAGAAAGGAGCUGGUGCGUCUCUCAAAUGACAAAAGGGGAUAUGAAAAGCUCCUCAAGGCAUUGGUUGUUGAGAGUCUGGUGAGGCUGAGGGAGACAGCAGUGUUGCUGCGGUGCAGAGAGGUCGAUCGAAAGGUGGUUGAGUCGGUUUUAGAAGAAGCAAAACGAGAGUACGCUGACAAAAUCAAAGUAGCAACCCCUAAGGUUACCAUCGACAAUGUCUACCUUCCACCGCCUCCCACCAAGGCUGAUUCCCAUCAACCUUACUGCUCGGGCGGAGCUGUGUUGGCUUCAGAAGACGGAAAGAUAGUGUUGGAGAAUACUUUAGAUGCACGCCUGGAUGUUGCUUUCAGACAGAAACUACCUCAGGUCAGAUUCGAAGGUGUCUGGUGGGACAAGGAGGUGCAUGAUCAAUUUCUCUUGCUGUAUAUGGAUUGCAUAUUUCAGCUAGCCUUCAUGAUUUUGAAGACAUAGGUUAAUAAUGUUUAAUUUGAUCAGAAAGUAGUCCUAUCAAUCAAAAAAGAAUAAAUUUGAGAAAGUAGUAUAUGCUACUUACUUUCUCCAUCCCUUUGUCAAUUUGAAAUAUGUUCUCUUCUCUGCUAAUAACUUUGGAAUAAACUUAAUU